UGGUCUUUCCUCGGGGGUCCUUUUCUUCCUUGGAUAAUCACUUUCUAGGACCCUGUCUUUUCUUCUCUUUUUGCCCCUGGAAGGCUUAGAAUUGGUGACAGUUGCAAAAACGGCGAUGCCUUGGGUAGGAUAGGCAGUUGGUCUUUUGAAUUCUGGCCGCCUCCCAGGCCAGCCCUUCUCUGUCACGGACCCAAGGUCCAACUCUGGAAGAAGCAUUCCUGCUGCCCGGGCGCAGGGUGGGAAUCUUUCUCCAGUGGUCACUGCUGCUCACACCAGCCUCCCUAUAUCAGUAGCCUGGGGCCGCUGGCUGCUUCACAUUUGGACUUCCCAGGGGAUGCCUACAGAGGGGUCUGAGGUCAUUGGUUCAGCUGAAGUGGAAGAUCUUCCUCGGAUUGCAUCCAUUGGUUGAUGCCAUCUUGGUGACAGGCUAGCUGUGGCCACAUGUGUUUAGUAUUUGGGAGUAGGGUUCCUGCAUCAAAUCAGAUCCUGACUUCUGCAGCCCAUGGUUCUGUCUCCUGUCUGCUCCAGCUUCAGUCAUUCCCUCCUCUUACUACCUGUGAUCUACACAUACUGGCUCACUUAGCUCACUUAGCUUUUGUUUACCUUAGGUCGGUUGCACAUGUUCCUGCUGCCUGUAGUGCUCUCCCUACCAACGUCUCCUUGGCCUGGUUCCCUAGGGAAGUGGCUCUUUUAUCAGCUUUCUAGUUUAAAGGCUUCCUAGCCCCCUUCAGUACUAUCAUCAUUGUGAUCUGUGGAUAUUUGAUUUCUUCCCUCCAGUAGACUGCUCCAUGAAGGCUUCAUCCUUGUACCUUCAUUGCUGCCUUCCCACUGCUCAGUUGACUGUGUGGCACAUAGCAGCCCUUCCCAAUGUGUUUCUGGCAUGUUUCACACAUCACACAUACAGAUUGAAGGAUGAACAAAGCUUUAAGGGGCAGAUACUCAGGUAGCAGAUCUGCUUCAGUCAAGUACCCUGUCACUGAAAAGUAGUAGUGUCUGGGGUGGGAGCAGGGAAUGCUGUACCUCCUCAGUUAUCCUGGAAGAUAGGCAGCUUCUAGCACCCUGACCUCUGACCAGUUUCAUAAUUUCCAACAGGUGUCUCAGCCAGGACAAGCGGAGGCCUACUUGUGGAACUCAUGGUAGGGAGCCUGCCUGCUUCCAUUUCCUCAUGUGGGAACCUUGGACGUUGGACCUGUGCCCAGACACAGCCUUGGCCCUCAUUGUGGCCUGUGCCAGGCUCAGUAAGGCCCCUAUGUUUCCAUCCCCAAGGCAGUGUGCAAACCUCUGCCCAGACCAGGGCCCAUCUGAGGAUCUUCAGAGGGUGUGUUAAGGUCACCGUGAACUGGGUCCCUUCUUCCCUGAAGAGUUCCCCCUUCCUAGGUAGGACUUUAGAGCCACAGGACCCAGAUAACUACCCACCAACCCCGUGGUGCACCUGUCUGAGAAAUGCCAUGAUGUGGCACCAGAAUGGGGCUGAUCCCCUCUGGGGAUCCCUGGGAGACUGGUGUAUGUCCUUUCAGGAGGCGGUGACAUUUGGCGAUGUGGCUGUGCACUUUUCCCGGGAGGAGUGGCAAUGUCUGGAUUCUGGCCAGAGGGCCCUCUACAGGGAGGUGAUGCUGGAGAACCACAGCAGUGUUGCCGGACUAGCAGGAUUCCUGGUCUUCAAGCCUGAGCUGAUCUCCCGGCUGGAACAGGGACAGGAGCCAUGGAUCUUGGACCUGCAGGGAGCAGAGGGGACCAAGGCACCACGGACAUUCCAGACAGAUUCUACCAUUAAACCUGACUGUAAGCAGGCCUGUGAGGGCAUCAAUAUUCUCAAAUCUCAGGGUCCUGGCUGUGAGGACCCUUGCAGUUCUGAAGUUUGGUCAGAGAAACAUUCAAGUAGCUUUGGGCUAAUGUUGAGGGGCUCCUUCUUCACAAAGCACCAUUUGAAGAAGGGGACUGCAGCUCCUAAGACUGUCACCAAGGACACUGCCCAUGAACACAGGGAACUGAAUGCCAAUGAUCUGGAUCAUCAGCCCAAGAUACUUCAGAGGGAUUGUCCAGAAGGGUUUCAGAGAUGUGAGAUGUGUGGCAGAGGUCUCAGACGCUCUUUGGACCUGGCUUUGAACCAGGAGAAACCUCACAUAUGUCAACAAUGCCAGAAACAGUUACCUGACUGCUUGGAGGGGAAUCUUCCAGGUAAGUGUCGUGGGGAAAAACCAUACAAGUGUGAGGAGUGUGGAAAAGUCUUCAGGCUGUGCUCACAGCUCCACCAGCACCAGAGAAUCCACACCGGAGAGAAACCGUUUAAGUGUGUUGAGUGUGAAAAAGCCUUCCGCCUGAGCUCAAAACUUAUUCAGCAUCAAAGAAUUCAUACCGGAGAGAAGCCCUACAGGUGUGAGGAAUGUGGCAAAGCCUUUGGUCAGAGCUCAAGCCUCAUCCAUCAUCAGAGAAUCCACACUGGUGAAAGGCCCUACAGCUGUCGUGAGUGUGGCAAGGCCUUCAGCCAGCAGUCACAGCUGGUCAGACAUCAGAGAACUCACACUGGGGAGAGGCCCUACUUGUGCAAGGAGUGUGGCAAGGCCUUCAGCCAGAGCUCAACUCUAGCUCAGCACCAGAGGAUGCACACUGCAGAGAAACUGCAAAUCCUGAGAUCCUCAGAAGGUCCAAACCUCGUUGCACAUCAGAGAAGUCACACUGUGGAGAAGCCCUUUAAGUGCAAUGAGUGUGGGAAAGCUUUUAGGUGGAUCUCUCGCCUGAGUCAGCACCAGCUGAUUCACACUGGAGAGAAACCUUAUAAAUGCAACAAAUGUACAAAAGCCUUUGGUUGUAGUUCACGGCUUAUUCGCCAUCAGAGAACUCACACUGGAGAAAAACCAUUUAAAUGUGAUGACUGUGGGAAAGGGUUUGUCCAGGGUUCACAUCUUAUUCAGCAUCAGCGAAUCCACACUGGAGAAAAACCUUAUGUGUGUAAUGACUGUGGAAAAGCCUUUAGCCAGAGCUCUAGCCUGAUUUACCAUCAGAGAAUCCAUAAAGGAGAGAAGCCCUUUGAAUGCCUUCAGUGUGGAAAAGCCUUCAGUAUGAGCACACAGCUCACUAUCCACCAAAGGGUCCACACUGGGGAGAGACCAUAUAAGUGUAAUGAAUGUGGGAAAGCCUUCAGUCAAAACUCAACCCUUUUCCAACACCAGAUAAUUCACGCUGGAGUGAAGCCCUAUGAGUGUAAUGAAUGUGGAAAGGCCUUCAGUCGGAGCUCAUAUCUUAUUGAACACCAGAGAAUACAUACGAGAGCCCAGUGGUACUAUGAAUAUGGGAACACCCUACAAGGGCCCACCUUUGUGAGCCGUAAAAAAAUGAACACUAUAAAGAAACUGCAUCAGUGUGAUGACUGUGAGAAAAUAUUCAGGUGGCGUUCACAUUUAAUUAUACAUCAGAGAAUUCACACGGGAGAGAAGCCUUACAAAUGUAAUGACUGUGGCAAAGCUUUUAAUCGAAGCUCAAGGCUUACUCAACAUCAGAAAAUUCACAUGGGAUGAACCAUUUACUGGUGUAAAUGUGAAUAAAUCUGCAGCCUUAAAAUACUUAGUUUUAUAUGAGACUUUAUAUUGGCAAGAACUUAGAUUGUUGGGCAAGGGAUUUACCUCAGUGGUUUCACCGCCUGCUGCGCAAGCGCAAGGACCCAAGUUCGAUCCCCACCAAAAAACAAGGAACUUAGAUUCUUGGGGAAAAUUCAGAAUUGUUUAAAGACCAUGUCCAACUUCAUAUCAAAUGUAUGUUUACUUGCUGGAAUGUUUGACAUGUGUUCAAUAAAGCCUGUGACUGUUGCA